AUGGCGUCUACUUCUACUUCUGGGCCUCAACCAGAUAUAAAUGAGAAUACAAAUUUAUCGCAUGAAAUUGCUUCAUCCCCACCUACAAAUGUUUUUCAUGAGCUCGUAUCAUCACCAUCUACUUCUGCUACACUCUCGUUAGGCACCCUGUUUUCAUCCUGUUUCAAUUGGGUUUCUUUCUUUGUUUCUCUCUGCUCAACUCAAUCCCAUUCCACGCUAUAUACAAAUGCAUCAGAAGAAAUUGCUUCAUCACCACCAACAAAUGCUUUUCAAGAGCUCCUACCAUCUCCAUCCCCAUCUACCUCUGCUACUUCCUCAAUGUCAGGGAAAAAGCUGCCCUACGAUGUGUUUAUCAACCAUCGUGGCCCUGAUGUCAAACAUACCCUUGCAGUCACUCUCUAUAAUACCCUCUCUGCCAUGGGAUUGAGGGUUUUUCUUGAUAAAGAAGAACUUAAAUUGGGGGAUUAUUUGCCCAAAGAAAUUGAAGAAGCAAUGCAUAGUGCUUUGCUUCAUAUAGCUAUAUUUUCUCAGAACUAUGCACAAUCCCCCUGGUGUUUGGCUGAACUUUCAUAUAUGCUUAAAACUGGUACCCAAAUUAUUCCUAUUUUCUACCAUCUUCAGCCUGGUGACAUCCGACAUGAGAAAGGAAUGUAUGCUGAUGCGUUCUCCAGACACAAAAAGAAGGGCAGAUACAGCUCAGAAAAGAUCCAGGAGUGGAAGAAUGCAGUCAACAGAGUUUCCUACAAUGUCGGCGAGAUCCUUAAUAACAAGGAUGACGAGGGGAGGCUGGUCAAGAAUAUUGUUAAUCGUGUCUUGAAAGUAAUAAAAAAUGUGCCAUUUGUAGUUGCCAAACAUCUAGUUGGUCUAGAUGAAGCUGUCAUAGACUUUGAAAGAACAACACUUCAGUCUACAGAAAACCAUCGCACUGUGCAAAUCGUGGGAAUUUGGGGCAUGGGUGGUUCUGGCAAAACCACUCUUGCUAAGCAGUUAUAUAAUAAGAAAUACAAAAUCAUGGAAAAGUUCAGUUUUUUAUUAGAUAUUAGAGAUGCUGAUUCUAGAAGUGCAUUACAUAAGAAACAGAAAAAACUCCUUGAAGACCUCGGUCUUCAAGGGAUAUCAGUUGACAACAUAGAAGAAGGGAAGGGUAUUCUUGCCUCUCGUUUGAGAUCUGUUCGAGUGCUCAUUGUUCUGGAUGAUGUGGAUAAUGUAGAUCAAUUGGAUGCUCUAGUGCCUGAAAAAGAUAGUCUUGGAUGGGGUAGCUUGAUUGUAGUUUCUACAAGAAAACUUGAAGUACUUCAAUGUUGGGGCAUCUCAUCAAUUUAUAAAAUGAAAGCACUAGAUCCACUUCAUGCCAAGCAGCUUUUUUGUUGGCAUGCUUUCUUAAAACCAUGUCCACUCGGUGGAUUUGAGAAGCUUGUAGAAGAGUGUUUGAAGGUUUGUGAUGGCUUGCCAUUGUCUCUCAAAGUAUUUGGAGGACAGUUAUAUGGCAAAUCCAACAAAGAUUAUUGGGAGAACCAAUUACAAAAGAUCAUUAGAAUACUACCCGAUGAUAUAAAAAAUAGGCUAAAAGUAAGUUACAAUACUUUAGACCAUGAAGAGAAAGAAGCAUUUUUGGAUGCAGCUUGUUUCUUCCUUGGAGAGAAGAGAACUUUAGCCAUUGUAGUUUGGGAUGGAUCAAUUGGGAGUGGGUUGUGCUGUUGGGAAAGCCUCUUGAAUAAGUGUCUUGUUGAAGUUGAUGAUGGUGAUCGUAUAAGAAUGCAUGUUGAAGUUGAUGAUGGUGAUCGUAUAAGAAUGCAUGAUCACUUAAGAGAUUUGGGAAGAGAAAUUGCAAAUCAUCAAUCAUCUUACAGACUUUGGUCUCCCAACCAGAUUAUUAAUGUUGACAAUGAAAUGCAGGGAAUUGUCAUUCGAGCAAUAAGGGCUACAAGAGCUGAGUCAACAAGCGAGGUUGAGCACAUUCCUCGAUGUUCUCAGGGUGGAGAGAUCAUAGUUAACACGAGCAGAGGUUUCAGAAAUCUUUGGUCAUUAAAUUCAUUGAAAAAUUUGAGGGUUUUAGAACUCCGCGAAAGGCUAGGUGGGGAGCAUCACUUAGAAGAUCUAUGGGAGACUGACAAGAAUGCUCCUGUGCAAUUAAGAGAGUUGCUGAUUUCUCAGUGCUCAAAAUUCCAAAGAUUUCCAAAGUCAAUAGGAUGUCUCAGACAUUUGAAAAAGAUAGCCGUGAGAGGUAGGAGCAAGGUGAGAAGUUUGCCGGAUGAAUUUUGUCUUCUUCAAUCGUUGGAGCACCUAGAGUUAAACUCUGGUCAACAGCUAUCAUCACUACCCGAUAGUUUUGGUGAUUUGAGAAAUUUGAGGCACCUUGUUUUGUCGUAUUGCAUGGAAUUGAGAAAGUUGCCUGUCUCUUUCAAGGAGCUCACACUCCUGCAACACCUCAACUUAGAAGGAUGUUCUAACCUCAUCUUAGAGUCCGAUGUUCUUGAAAACAUGACAAAGCUAGAGUAUUUGAAACUCUCUACUUGUAAGCAAUUGGAAGAGUUGCCUCGUCACAUAACAAAUCAGGCCUCAUUGACAGAGCUUCAUGUAUCUAAUAUAGAGAAGUUACGGGAGCUACCAUGGAACAUCAGCCAGCUGAGCAAGUUGCAAAAGAUGAGCAUUGGAAGUGAGUUGUUGACAAGCCUGCCAACAUCUAUUGGAGAUUUGUCUUCCUUGACUUAUCUUGAAAUUGAUAAUUGUCACAAACUGGAAUGUCUACCUGAAUCUUGA